AUGCUCUUUCGACAUGGUCUAGGCUUGCUCGCCCUCGUCACCUCUGACGUGCUGGCUGCGACGCAUCACAACCACAUCCAUGCUACCUACGAAAAACGUCAAUCGUCCAAUACCACAGAGGAAUAUGAAUAUGUCAUUGUCGGAUCUGGCCCCGGCGGGGGCCCUCUCGCAUCUAGGCUUGCUCUUGCAGGGCAUAAAGUCCUUCUGAUCGAAGCUGGCGAUGACCAAGGCGAUUCCACAGUGUAUCAAACCCCAGCUCUUCAUCUGCAAUCGAGUGAAUACCAAGAAAUGCGCUGGGACUAUUGGGUUAACCAUUACUCUGAUCUCGAACGCCAAGAGAAAGAUUCCAAAUUUACUUAUGGGAAACCCGAUGGCCAAUUCCAUGUCGGAGCAGCUGCAGAUGCAGAUGCCAAACCUUUGGGAAUUCUAUACCCAAGAGCAGGAACGCUCGGAGGCUGCGCCUCCCAUAAUGCUUUGAUUAGUGUUUAUCCUCAUAGGAGUGAUUGGCAUAACAUCCAAACCAUCACUGGUGAUGCAUCCUGGGCUCCGGAUAAAAUGCGCAAAUUUUUUGAGCGUUUAGAGCGGUCUAGAUAUUUGCCUAAUGGUAUUGUCGGUCAUGGUUUCGAAGUCCGCUUCGUGACUCCACUGAGGCCGUAUACCAGGUUCCCAUCGCUGUCAAUACUCAUGGUUAUAAACGAAACGGCCCUCGUGAAUUCAUCCUCCAGACUGCCAAUGCGGUCAAUGAAGAUGGCUCGCGAAAAUACCAUCUGGAUAUUGCCCUCAAUACACUUGUAA